AUGGCUGCCACCGUAACACGUCCGGCUUCGUACUUUGACUCUCACCCUGUCAUUGAUGUUGUGCGCCGCCGCUCAUCACAGAAACAUGCGCCUUCCCCACUUUCCGCCUUGCCGGUGCUAGCACACAAUUCCGACGAUGCCUACGACUAUGCUGAGACAGAGCGAUGGGGAUGGGUGGUGCUAGUCGUCACAUGGGUUGUCUUUGCUGUGGGCAUGGGAAGCUGUCUGGGCGUAUGGAGCUGGGCAUGGGAUGUCCAGAAAAAGCCCUAUGCGCCGCCAGAGUUCGAGGAUGACCCUACAUUGCCUAUUGUUGGCUAUUACCCUGCUUUGAUCAUCUUGACUGCCGUCAUGGCUUGGGUAUGGGUUGUCACUGCUUGGGUAGGCAUGAAGUACUUCAAGCAUGCAAAGAUACAAGGCGAUGAUUGA